UUAAGAACAGCCAUUUUCAGUUUUCUACUUUUAUAAUUGAAAAGAAUAUUCUUAAAGCGGAAUUCUAUUUUUCUGAGUUGGCCCCGAGGACACAAUGCGGAUUCUCGUGCUGCUUGUGUGGGUGAAAGCCGCAUGCAUCCUGCUGGUAUCCUCGCUCUCCGGCACUGGGGCGGUGAACAAUAGCGGCCGAUGGUGGGGCAUCGUAAAUGUGGCUUCUUCUGCCAAUCUCCUCACCAACUCCAAGAAUGUACAACUGGUCCUGGACCCGAGCCUGGCUCUGCUGAGUCGUCGCCAGAGGCGCCUUAUCCGCCAGAAUCCUGGUAUUCUACACGCCAUCGCGGCUGGCCUGCAUGCAGCCAUUAAGGAGUGCAAGUGGCAGUUCCGAAACCGUCGGUGGAACUGUCCGACCACCCACAGCCCCGCCGUUUUCGGCAAAAUCGUCAACCGCGGCUGCAGAGAAACCGCGUUUGUGUUCGCCAUCACCAGCGCGGGAGUGACCCAUGCCGUAGCCCGGUCCUGCUCGGAAGGGGCGAUCGAGUCCUGCACCUGCGACUACAGGCGCCGCGGACCGGGCGGGCCCGACUGGCACUGGGGCGGCUGCAGCGACAACGUGGACUUCGGCAGGGUGUUCGGCCGGGAGUUUGUGGACUCCAGCGAGAGGGGAAGAGAUUUACGCUACCUCACGAACCUGCACAACAACGAAGCUGGGAGGAUGACAGUGUCAUCAGAGAUGCGCCAGGAGUGCAAGUGCCAUGGCAUGUCAGGCUCCUGCACUGUGCGCACCUGCUGGAUGCGCCUGCCAAGCUUCCGUGCUGUGGGCGACUUCCUGAAGGACCGCUUUGACGGAGCCUCGCGGGUGGUUUACGCCAACAAGGGGAGCAACCGGGCCUCGCACCGGGCCGACCCGCGCCACCUGCAGCCUGAGAACCCAGCCCACAAGCCCCCCUCCACCCGGGACCUGGUCUACUUCGAGAAGUCGCCCAACUUCUGCUCCUACAACGGCAAGACGGGCACCCAGGGCACGUCUGGGCGGAGCUGCAACAGCUCGUCGCCGGCGCUGGACGGGUGCGAGCUGCUGUGCUGCGGGCGGGGCUACAGGACCCGGACAGAGAGGGUGACAGAGAGGUGCCACUGCACCUUCCACUGGUGCUGCCAUGUCAGUUGCCUCAACUGCACCAGCACCCAGAUACUGCACCAGUGUCUCUGACCAGGGUGCAGAGGUGGAGGAGGACUGGAGAGAAGGGCACAGGGUGCUGGGAGAGAAUGGACGGAGAGAGAAAGAAAGGGGGAGGUAACCGCUGCAGGGAGGGAAGGAGAGCAGGGUGGAGGGUGCCGUGGAGUAUGGAUUAAAGUGGGGGAGAUGAUUUAAGGGAUGUCUGAAGGUGAUGGCAAUGGGUGGGUUUGGGUGUUAGGUCUGUGAUCUCGAUAUGGUGU